AUGAAGAGUUUCACUAAAUUAUGUUCUCGCUCAUUGAGUACUGCUGCUUUGUGGAAGACUCACUCUUCGGUGCGAUUCUAUCAGAUUGACCUCGGAAAAGUUGCUUCCACAUUUGCAAUUCCCUCACUCACCUCAUUCCAAAACAAAGCCUUGGAGGUUGUUUCAUCCUCUGAGAAUGAUAAGGACGUUCUCAUUCAAGCACCACUCUAUUCCGGAAAGACUCUCUCCUACCUAAUCCCCACUUUUGAAGUUGUUACAAAGGCUAUCCGUGAGGAGAGAUGGAAGGAACGACCAGGUUUCCGUGCUUUGAUUAUUGUCCCAUCACGUGAAGCAGCACUCGCAGUUGGAAGACAAGUCGAUCAAUACAUUAAUUCAUUACCAGAAAGUGAACGUCCAAAUAUCUCUGUUGAAAAACCCUCUCUAGAGGUCUACAAUAGAAAUGCCUCCAUAAAGCAAGGUCAUGAAAUUAUUGAGGAAUACAAUGAUUAUGAAGCUUAUGAACAUUCACAAACUCGUAGAGAAAAUGUUUAUGGAUUGUCGUAUGCAAUUACAUGUGGAGGAAAAAGUCUUGAAAAGGAAAUUACUUUGCUCGAUGCGAGCGAACCUGAGAUUAUUAUUGCAACUCCUGGAAGACUUUUAGAACAUUUGAAGAACUCUGAUUACUUCCGCAAUGUCAAGAUUGUUAUUGUUGACGAUUGUUCCAUGCUCAAGGGUUCAAUGGCUUCCAUGAUGGACCAAAUCUUUACUCCAGAGAAUAUUUCACCAAAUGCUAAGAGAAUUUUUAUCAAUGACACGGAGGGCGUCUUUUCUAAAUUUUUGAGAAAUUCUGAAAAUGUUGAAGUUCUUACUAGUGAAGAAACUAUCACAAAGCACAACGUGAAACAAUCAAUCAUCAAGACACAAAACACUGCCGAACAAUUGAAGGUGUUAUAUGGUAUUUUAUCAGAAAAUAAGCACAAGAAGGUUGCAGUUUUUGGCGACUCGGCAAAAAUCAUUCACGCACACUAUUUAAUGGCAGAAAAUAAUCUGUUUUCUUCUCUCAUUAGUUCCCGUAUUUCUCCAACAAGAGCCAUGACUGCCUUCAGCUAUUUCAACGAACUGGAAAAUGGUAUUGCUUUCUGCAGUAACAUUGCAUGCCCAAUGAAUCCAAACGUAGAUUUGGUCAUUCACUUGGAUGCCCCUGCCACACAACAAGUUUAUGAAGCAAGAGUUUCUCGUGCUUAUGGAAAGAGCAAUUCACAAUCUAUUGUUCUCAUUUCAUCUUCCACUCAAAAUGUGCCAGAAUAUUUGAGUAGUGUUUCUUCAUCUCCAGCUCCUUCUGGUUCCAACUCUGAAUUUGUGAUCAAACCACUCAGAGUUGCUAAAGUCCAUCAAGAAAAUGGUUACUAUUUGCUGUUGAACUUGGUGACCAAAUAUGCCGAGUCAGAAAUCGACAAGAAGGCUGCUGUUGAGAAUGCCAUAACUACUCUCAAAGAAUUGGGCUUUUCAGAGGAUUUACCAAAAAUUUCUAGACACACCGCCAUCAAAGUUGGUUUUGAAAAGGAAUUUCUUGAGGCUGGCUUGUUGAUGCCUUAA